GCAACUAAGAAGAUGAGAACUUCAUGGCUAGUAGUGUUCUUCGUAGCUUUGGCACUGGAGAUCUUGUGGAGCUCGAGAGUGAGUGGAUUCUAUGGCGAUAGCGCUGCGAUUGAGUCUGUCAGUCGCCGUGGAGCUCAUGUUGGAAUUGUCGUUCCAAACAUGUACGAGUUUACACCUCUGCUCGAACAAGGAAGAUUUGUUGCUGAUGCCACGAUUCCCUUCAUCGAUAUUGGAGGAAGAAGGUUUCAUAUCGGAACAAUCCAUGGAAAGCGUUCCAUUGUCGUCAUCUCUGGUCUUUCCAUGCUCAAUGCCGGGACCACGACGCAACAGCUGCUUGACCAUUUCCGGAUCGACGUUGUCCUUCAUUACGGCAUCGCAGGAAGCUCGAAUCCUUCGCUUCACAUCGCGGACGUGAGCAUCGCUUCUUCGUGGAUUCACACCGGCCUGUGGUACUGGCAGCGGUAUGGUCAAGGUCCCAAUGACGAACUCUCUCUGGAGCAAAAUGGAGACUACACUCGUUUGCUUGGCAAUCUCCACUUUGGAUCAUACAAUGAUCCCUCAAAUGAAAAUUCCGACAACAAGCUGGGACACAUCUAUUUCCAGCCCGAGGAAGUUUUUCCCAUCACUGGUACACCAGAAGUUAGACAACACGCAUUCAAAGUUCCAGUCUCAAGAACACUCUAUGAAACCGCGCAAAGAGAGCUGAUGAAUUUGGAGCUCAAAGCAUGCCUCAACUCCAGUUCGUGCUUGAGCUCCGAGCCCAAAGUUCUCUUCGGUCUCACCGGAUCCAGCGCAAACGUUUUCCUUGACAACGCUGCUUACCGCACUCUUCUCUACGACAAGUUUGGAAUCUCGAGCGUGGACAUGGAGUCCGCCGCAGUGGCUCUGGUAGAGUUCUCUAAGAUCUUCCCCUUGUGGUUUCCAAAAUCUCAUCUUGAUUCUUCCAGACUUGCUACGCGCAAGGCAAACCUUUCAUCAUCUUUCGCUCCAUCUCCGACCUCGCUGGAGGCUCGGAUCACUCCAACGAGGCGAUCCAAUUCAGCGACCUCGCGGCCGAGAACGCGGUGAUUGCUGUCGUGGAAUUCAUCCGAUCAUCCCA